AUGGUGCAUAAUCAAGGCGGAGAGCUGGCUGAGUAUAGAGGGUUAUCUGCCUUCACUAGGCAUGAUCCUCCAAAGUUUGAAGGUGGAUUCAAUCCUGAAGUAGCCCAAAGGUGGGUGGCUGAUGUGGAGAAGAUGUUCAAUGUAAUAGGGUGCCAUGAGGAGAACAAGGUUGCUUAUGCCACCUACUUGCUGUGUGGGGAGGGUGAGGACUGGUGGAGGUUUGCCGGUCAGACCUUGCCACAAGAGGAUGGCUACAUCCAGUGGAAGACAUUCAAAAUCAUAUUCCUAGGAAACUACUUUCCCCGGAACCUAAGGAAGCAGAAAGCUAGGGAGUUCCUUGAACUGAAGCAAAGAAGUAUGACUGUGGGAGAGUAUGCGGCUAAGUUCCAGGAGCUGAUGAAAAUUUUUGAAGCUAACUCAAGAGGAAAGACGGUGGACACUAGGGGAGCCGGCCCAGUGAGGCAAGAUAGAAGACCUUCUAGGUUCUCAAGGGGACCGUAUUCAGGUUCGAACAGUUCUCAAUCCCGAGGAAGUUCUUCCCAAGAAAGGAGUAGUGGAAGUGGUUCAGGAUCGAGUUCUUUCAGAGGGUCGCUUAAGUGCUUCAAGUGUGGAGGGUCACACAUGGUGAAGGACUGCCCACAGCCGAGGAUAACUUGUAGCAACUGUGGGAAGUUGGGGCACAUUGUCAAUGAGUGCUGGGCCGCUAAGAGGGGAGGUAGUGCAAGUACAGCUCAGAGGCCAGAAUCAAGAGAAAGUAGGGGCCAAGUACGGGGCAGAAGCCGAGCAUCCCUGGGAGAGUCUUUGCUAUGA